AUGAGGCUCCAGAUCCAAAAGCUCGCCGCCUCGGCAUCGCGGCAAAUGAAUGCAGUGGUAGUAUCAUCAGGCCUGAUGGCAAAAACGGUAAAAGUUCGAAUCGGAGUGCAGAAAUGGAAUAACCAGAUCCAAAAAGAUUUCAACAAAACCUCCCACCUCCUAGUCCACGACCCCCGCUCCUCGCUGCGCACCGGCGACGUAAUCAGCAUCUCGUCCGGGUGGCGCGUAUCCAAGAACGUGCACCACGUGGUACGGGCCAUAGUCGCGCCGUUCGGGGAGCCGAUUGAGAGCCGGCCUGCUGUGCCGAGUGAGGAGGAGAGGCUGAAGGAGCGGGCGGUGAAGAGGGCCGAGAAGCUGAAGAGGAGGAAGGAGGCUAGGAGGAUGGAGAUGGUAGAUGGCAAGGGGGAGGGGGAGAGGAUUGAGUCGUGA